AUGUUGCAUGAAUCAUCUUGUGAUCGACUUGAAAACCAACGAACCGAAGUACAAAGAGAAAGUGUUUCUUUUGAAUUCCCCGACUGUGCUCCCGGAUUCGUUGAACACAAAAGUACCCAUCCUCCACUGGUUGAUGAGUCUUCACAAUAUUUGCCUGUAGAAUGGAUCAAUUUACCAUCUUUAGCAAUACCCGAUGGUGCGCACCAUGCCGAAAGCGAUCUUCAAGUCUUGGAUUGCAUCUUGGAUUUCAUCAGCCACGUCAACAUCUUAACCAAGACUGUCGAGACUGUGAACGGAACACAAUUCAACAAAUACACCAUCCAACACUUAGAGAUUCUUAAGGGUGGCCUCGAGCUUCCCUCAGUCGUCCUCGUCCCAAUGGGUCCAUGUGGAUUGGAAUUGGAGGAUUUGGUAUGUCAACUCCUCGAGGGAUUGAUCGAGCCACUUCUUGGGAAACUUCUUGUUGUCCUACCCGGUCUUGAUGCUCUUGGUGGUUUGACUGGAGGUCUUGGUGGAGUUGGUGGACUCACUGGAGGACUUGGAGGUCUUACCGGAGUUGUUGGUGGACUCACCAAUGGAUUGGGUCUCGGUGACUUGCUCGGUGGAUUG